GAAUAGAUGAGCACGUCGAGAAUUCAGAGAACAAAACCUAUGAGAGAUACAAACGAGGAACACGCCGUCUUUUGUUCUUAAAAUCCACCAAAAACAUUUGUUUCAAUCUUUAAUCUUAAAAGACAUGUUUCGUGAUUUGUUUUUUUUUUUAACUGUUCGAAUCAUUCUUUCUUCUCUUCUUUAAUAAAUAAAGAAAUAGAAAAACAAAAUUAUAACCCCAUUACCUUGUUUUCUCCUCCUUUUCUCUCUUCAUGCACACGAACCCCUGUUUGUUUUCUUAGAAAAUCGAAGUUUUCCCGGGAAAUAGCUGCGUGUUGAUAGGGCUUAAGUGGGUUCUUAACAUGGGAGCCUGCUGUAGCAUAGAGAUACAAUACGGAGAGAGCCGGGAGGACAAUAUUGAAGAGUAUGAACAUUAUUAUAAGGUUGGUGAAGAACAAAAUCAUGUGAGGACUGGAGAUAAUGGAGCCAUUGUGAGGGUAGAAGGAUUUUCUAAAACUGUAUCAAUGUUUACUCAACAAGGGAGAAAAGGGAUUAAUCAAGAUGCCAUGACAGUUUGGGAGAAAUUUAUUGGUGAGAAAGAUACAGUCUUCUGCGGUGUGUUUGAUGGUCAUGGUCCCUCGGGUCACAAGAUUGCUCGUCAUGUGCGAGACAAUUUACCUUCAAAGCUGUCAUUAGCAAUCAAACAGUCGAGACUUAAUGGCCGCCUCGAUGGUGACAUUGAUGUUGCUGCAGGGGACAAUUUCAGACAUAGUGAUGAUCAAGAAAGUCGUCACAAUGCUUUAUUAUCUUCUUGGAAGGCCAGCUUAGUUAAGUCUUUUAAACAAUUGGAUGGAGAACUUGGCUUGGAUUGCACAAUAGACAGCUACUGCAGUGGCACAACUGCUGUGAACAUCAUUAGACAGGAUGACCUCUUGAUAAUUGCCAAUUUGGGUGAUUCUCGUGCUGUUCUUUGUACUCGAGGCAAUAAGAAUGAACUCGUUCCCGUCCAACUCACCACCGAUUUGAAACCUGAUCUUGCAAGUGAAGCUGAAAGAAUCAAGAAUUGCAGAGGCAGAGUUUUUGCACUGGAUGAAGAACCAGAUGUUUAUAGAGUAUGGAUGCCUGAUGAAGAUGUCCCUGGUCUAGCCAUGGCAAGGGCUUUCGGAGACUUCUGCCUCAAAGAUUAUGGUGUCAUCUCAGUUCCGGAAGUUACUUACAGAAAACUUACAAGCGACGAUGAAUUUGUGGUUCUAGCAACUGAUGGGGUUUGGGAUGUGUUGACAAACAUGGAGGUCAUAAGGACAGUAGCUUGUGCAAGUAAGCGAUCGAUGGCGGCUAAAUUGGUAAUAAAUCGAGCUGUUCGAGCAUGGAGAAGUAAAUAUCCAGGUUCCAAGAUUGAUGAUUGUGCAGUGGUAUGCUUGUUCCUUAAAAACAGACCUUUUAUCAAGUCCAAGUCAGACAUAAGUAGCGGUAGCAGUAUAAAUCAAGUAGAACUUGCUGUUUCUCAUUCCUCUAGAUCAUCUGUCAGAAGUCAUGGAAUACCAGACUCCUUAAAUGGCGGGAGUGUAGACUCGCGAGAAGAGUAUAGUGCCCUUAAAGGAGUAAGUAGAGUUAACUCAAUAGUGAAGCUUCCUCGAUUUACCCGUGGUUCAAGUCAGGGGAGAAAAGCAAAGCAUUAUGAAGAUGUUCAAGCUUAAAGGCAAUCUUUUCAAAUAUUUUUCAACAACUAAUAUUUGUGCAGAAGACAAAGAAGAAAAUAGUAUUGAAAAAUGUUAAAGCCCCUGUGUAAUUUGUGUCUGCUUUGUCAUUUAUCUAAAAAAACACAUAAAGAUGCUUUGAAGAUAUCUUUAAAUCAGAAUUUACUAUUGCCUACAGAAAUUACAGCAUAUGACUAUGUGGAUUAUGUUACUACUUGUGAAAUGAAC